UUUUUUUUGUUGUUUAUUUGUUUUAAGGCUUUACGCGAGUCGUUCGCAGAGCUUUACGCGUUUUUCAAAAUUUCAAUUUGGUCUGUUUACAUGUGGUGAAAAUGUCGAGCACCAGACUCCAGACUUUCAAGAGCAUUCUAACGGAACGCUUUACGUCCGUGGCUGUGGAGAUAUUCGGUGAAGUUGAAAGUAUCGUUGAGGCGUGCUAUGAAGAGAACAAACGUCUGAGGAGCAUCCUGGACAUGGUGCUCAACCCCGAGAUAAAGUUAUCCAAGAUAGACCUUACUCCACACACUGGAGCAGCCACAGAUGUCAGAGAGCAGCCCCCUGAGCCCAACGCCUUGUCGGGCGUUGAAAUGUCGGAACCACUAAUUAAAAUACUUAAAGAAGAGACAGUUGAAUGUGAAGUAAGUUGGUUAUCGGAACAAGAACAACAAGAAUGGGAUGCUUACAACUUUAAUACACCGGAGUGUGUGAAAAAUGACCCAGAAGAAGAAGAUGUAAGCAUGCCCUGCAUCGCCGCCUCAUACCAAGUUCAAGUGGUGGAGUGCCCCCCCGACUCUUCAGCCACUCUCUCAGCUGAUGAAGAAUACCAUCGGUGUGAUUACAGUUCCCCAUCGGAGUCAGAAGCAGCCGAAGAUUGUCCACCACUACUCAAUGAUGUAGAACUCUCGAGUGAGACCCAGGAACACCAAAGAUGUCACAAAGCCUCAAAGAAAAGCAGAUCAAAGCAAUCCAAGCAGAAAACCAUGCUAGAAUUGCCAAGGAUGAUGCCCUGCAAAUCUUUCAUUGCUGCUCCAUCUGACUGCCAGUCCAUUGUAGCAAAGCUCACUGAAGCCUUUAAGGACGCUCCUGGUGACGAGAAGCCUCUUAUAACCAUAACAGGCCUCACAGCAGAUGUGGAAUUGGUGGACUUUGCUUUUGGUAAAGUCCCUAAAGGUUGCCCCUUGUCCUACCAGUGCCCUGUGCCAUCAAGUCAGGAUUACAAGCCGCAUAAAGACGCUCCUUCUAGACCGCUGCUUCCCCUGUCUUAUCCCCCUCUGAAGCUACGGUCUUCCUUUCCUACCCUCAGUAUUAAGGAGCAGCAACAUUUACUUGCCUUGCACAUCACCUGGGCAGGAGCUUGCGAUCUGGAAAACUCCACACGUGGGUGCAAGGAAUCUCUGGAGGAGCUCCGGAAGUCACGCUUGACCAGCCGUUUCAGAGACAUCUGCAAACUCAAACCAGGUCGAAGCCAUGCAGAGCACCUCAUAUUCAAGCUUAAAAAAGGAUUCCUCAAGUGCAAGACUACGCAGGCUGAGGAGGAAAUGAAGGCCGAAGCUCUGCGGGAAUACUGUCGGUAUGUGUGUGUCAACUGGUCCCCCUGUGGUUUUGUUGUCCACCCGAAUGCUCCGUGGUUGGGGGUGACGCCUGAUGGGUUAGUGUACGACCCCAACGAGGAGAGCCGCUUUGGGCUGGUGCAUGUCAGAUGCAUCAGCUUGCGGAGCUUCACAGAAUGCCGCUUCCUGGCCUGUCAGGAUGGAGUAUUACAGCUAAAGAAGAGCCACCGGUACUACUGGCACAUCCAGGGAGAGAUGAUGGUGACGGGAACAUCAUGGUGUGAUCUGUUUGUGUUCUCCAAAGAAGACAUGCUGGUUCAACGCAUCUACCGUGACAAGGUCAACAUGAGGAUCUUGAAGAAGAAACUGGAUGAAUUCUUUUUCUAUUACUACUUGCCAAGUCUCAUUUAACUGAACGACGUCAUCACACUGCGGUCUAACACGAAUGCAUUAAAGUACAAACAGAGUGACGGGGGAGGAACACAACUCGAAAACACAGACUGUCAGCAAGAAGCUACAAAAAUACUGAACACAGAGAUUUUUCUAUAACCUCUAACCACUGAAGACAGGCAUGUCUGUCCAGUUUUAUCUACCUCAUCCUGCAGUGAAAACACAUCUUCACAAUGUGGCAGCUAAGACUGAGCAACCUGAGCUGGAGAAAAAACAGUAUUGCAGUACGCAUUUCCACUUCGGUGUUUGGUUCUAAGUUUUAGCAGACUGCAAAUGACUUUGAAGUUAUAUUUUCUAAUUGCUGUUGCACAUGUGCCCUUAUUAAAUGUCAUUUUCUUAUUAGUUUCAUCAAGUCAAAAGAAAGCUUUUUUAUGUUUCCCCUCCUACCAUUCUCCAAAGGGCUACAUUCACUGUAAAGAUUGUGUUAUUUGAUUGAUUAUUCUACUAAUUAUUUACACUGUUAUUUGAUCAUGUUUAUUCUUUGAAAUGUCAGAAACUAGAGAAACGUGUCUCAGUUUGCUUGGAUAAAGUCAAGUCCCUAUAGAAGUAUAAAAAGUUUUGUGACUUUAAGUAGUAAUGUCUCUGCAGUUCUGAAUCAGAGCAGGAUAUAAGCAAAAUGAUUGUAAGUUCAAUUAUAUAAAAUUCCUACAGAAAAUCUAAAUACUUCUGUCCUCAUUUAACCGCUCAGACUAAUUACAUAUCGGUUGUAUUCGAUGUAAUUGAUGCUCACACGUUGCCAUUUGAAACCAUCUUAGGUGUCAGAUAGACACUUACACUGAAAUCUCAUCUUCCAUCUUUGUAAUAUUUGAAUUGUUGCACUGUCACUAGCUGACCUACAGUUCAGUGUUUAUGAUGGAUUUAACCUGUUUUGUCUGGGUUAUAGCGUGAUCCCUUUUAACCCCUUUGAAAUGUGUUAUUGUUUUAGUAGAAAACACUUAAACUCAACAGGACACUUUUGCUGAAGAUCAAUUUAAAAGUGCUGCAGACAUCGUCCUUUUGAAGCCAUUAUAACCAUUCACAGAGUUACGUAACUGUCUAUUCUAAGUACUCGGACAUAUAGUAGUAUUUUGUCUUGAAUAAACCUUUAAAUCCAUAACUUCUUAGAAAGUACUGUUUGGGUGGAAUAAACCUUUAAAACUACAAAUAAUGUUUUGACAUUUGUUUUGACUUUGUAUGGAAUACUUCCUGACUAAGCCUUUGAAACCACAAGUAAUGCUCAGGGUGAAUAUUGAAUAUUUAGUGAUUAUUGUAUGAUUAUAUGGGUCAUUCCACAAUUGGAGGACGUUUGGGCUUCAAAAUGUUUUAAAAAUAAACCUUCUCUUUUACAAUA